GCUGCAGCCACAGGUAGGCCAGCCAACCCGCACGACACUCGCACCAACCACCUGUCUGUCUCCAUGGACGUCGAGGAAUUUCGUCAGAAUGGAAAGGAAAUGAUCGACUACAUCUGCGAAUACCUAGAAGGGCUAGGUGAGCGGCGGGUCACUCCGGCCAUAGAACCAGGUUAUUUGAGGCCGCUUCUGCCGUCGAGCGCGCCGCGCAAACCUGAGUCGUGGUCCGAUAUUAUGGCCGACGUCGAGACCAAGAUCAUGCCUGGAGUGACCCACUGGCAGCACCCCAGGUUCCAUGCCUACUUCCCGUCGGGCAACUCUUUCCCUUCGAUCCUCGGGGACAUGUUGAGCGACGCCAUCGGGUGCAUUGGAUUUUCUUGGGCUGCGAGUCCAGCCUGCACGGAACUCGAGACCAUCGUCCUGGACUGGCUGGGCCAGGCCAUUGGGCUGCCGAAAGAGUUCCUCGCGUUUUCGGAGGGCAGCAAAGGUGGCGGCGUCAUUCAGGGUUCAGCAAGUGAAUGCGUGCUUGUGUGUAUGCUGAGUGCGAGGGCGCAGGCCAUCAAGAAAUUAAAACAGCAGCAUCCGUUUGUCGAGGAAGGUGUGCUGCUGUCCAAGUUGAUGGCCUAUUGUUCCAAAGAGGCGCACUCGUGUGUCGAGAAGGCGGCGAUGAUUUGCUUCGUCAAGCUGAGGAUCCUCGAGCCGGACAGUAACUGCAGCUUGAGGGGCGCAACUUUGCGACAGGCGAUGGAGGAGGAUCAAGCGAUGGGCCAAAUCCCCUUUUUCGUUUCGACCACUCUCGGCACAACUUCGUGUUGCUCUUUUGACAACUUGAGCGAAAUCGGUCCGGUUUGCGCCAAUCUGGACGCGUGGAUGCACGUGGACGGCGCGUACGCCGGCAACGCUUUCAUCUGCGAAGAGUUCAAGCCUCUGAUGAAGGGCAUCGAGUUCGCCUCGUCCUUCAACACCAACCCCAACAAGUGGCUGCUGACCAACUUCGACUGCUCCACCUUGUGGGUGCGCGACCGAUUCAAGCUGACUCAGGCGCUGGUCGUCGACCCCCUGUACCUGCAGCACAGCUACAGCGCGCAAAGCAUCGACUACCGCCACUGGGGUGUCCCUCUGAGCCGCCGAUUUCGGGCCCUCAAAUUGUGGUUCGUCCUCCGCUCGUACGGAAUCGAGGGUCUGCAAAAGUACAUCAGGAACCACUGCAGACUUGCAAAGCGCUUCGAGUGCCUCGUCCUCGGAGACUCGCGCUUCGAAAUUGCCAAUGACGUCAAGCUGGGACUGGUGUGUUUUCGGCUGAAAGGAUCAGAUACUCUAAAUCAGAAGUUGCUGAGCGAAAUCAACGCGUCGGGUAAACUGCACAUGGUGCCAGCCUCUGUCAACGAAAAGUACGUCAUCAGGUUUUGCGUGACAGCCCAGCACGCCACUGAGCAGGACAUUGAGCACGCUUGGUCAGUUAUACUUGCAAGCGCCGAUUCUCUCAUUUCCAAGCAACCAGGAGUGAUGAAACCAAAAGACGAAAAGCAGGCAUCUCGCGAAGAGGCAAUUGCUCUGGAGCGCCGGCAGCGUGAAAAGCUGGCCUACAAGAGGUCAUUCUUUGUUCGAAUGGUCAGCGACCCCAAGAUCUACAACCCUAAGAUGAGCAUCGCUCGCAGGCACGUGAGCUCCAGCGAAGACGUCCACGAAGUUCCAGGCGCAGAGGAAGAAGAAAGUGAUGCUGACAACAAUUCGCAAGCCGUGCAAAGACCUCUCGCAUCUUGGAUAAGCUGGCCACUGGCGUUUAUUUUCCAAGGCACAUUUGACGAGGCGAAAGGAUCGCCUCAAUUACCUGUCAGAUUCCGACACCUAGACACAAUGGUGCGGCUGAAGACGAAUGGUGCAGCGGAAAAUUCGGGUUCCGAGAAUGAUCCGAAGCAGACGAACAACACCCAAAAGUCGCCGCGAAAAUCCCCUCACGUCUGCCGGAGGAAUCGGGAAUAUUAGGCGUGUCGAUUUUCCUGCUCGGGAAAAUGAGGAAAAAUUGGCGAAAUUAUGUUUAAAUGUUAGCUGCGGAGUGCAGCAGAUUAUCCCACGAGGAAAUAAUGCAUUUUGUGUGUAAAACCCUGCAGGCUGUAGUCGGCAAUAAAAAGCUUGUACCGC